GCAGCUCCCCGAAAUUCGGACCACCUCAGCCCAGUUCAGCUUCAGAAUUGGUUGACAGGAGUCAGAGGCAGUCCUUUCAGCGUCGCCUGUUCAUGCCCCGGCAACCAGGAGAUCGUGCUGGCUGCGGUGAGGGUGCACGGCCAUGCCAUGGAGUAUGCCUCCGAGGCCGUGCGACAGACGAAAGCCUCCUGGCUCCUGCACUUCGCCGAACCGGAGCUGCGGGAAGAUCCGGGUUUCCGCGCGGAGUGUGACUGGACGGCGGGCACUGGUCUCGUUUUCACCUACUAUGCCAGCUACGAUUGCCUCGACUACAUGCGGAAAAGCUUCCCCACAGCUGUUGCGUCGGUGCCUGGUGGUGAGGCAUAUGAGGAGGUCAUGAAAAAAGUGACGGAUGCUAAUGAAGGGAGCACUGCAACGGUUUGGUUUCGUGAACAGCUGGUCUUCGGCCAUGUGGCCGACAGCGGCAAGUGGCUGCACCCGAGCCACGACUGUGGAAGGGACAACGUCCCGGUGCCACCGCCGGGCGAGCGCGAUGGGAAGUGGGAGGCCCUGGUGGAGUCGCGGACCCACCGUCGUGAGCCCAAAGUCGGCGAACGCUUUCCCUGCUGGUGCUGCCACUGGAUUCGACUGGUCCGCGAGCGCCACGCAGAGGGAUGCGUUAUUUGCUGCACCGUCUCAAACAUCUUCUCACACACCUGGGUGGAGCGAUUCGGCGCGGGAUCGUCGGAGCUUUCGGACGAGGUGGCGGAUCGACUGCAGCUGCCCAGGGAGAGAUUCCGCAACGGUCGGCCGGAGAGAAACGGUUGUCGCUGGGAGCGGAGUGUUUUGGAUAACAUGGACUUCCCCGUCUACGCGUUUUUCAUGCCGUGA